CGUCCUGCGAGCUUCAUUUGGAAAGUUUACGCGAGUCAUUUAAUUGCAGGCAGGAUAUGCUCUCUGUCUCCCUUCUAUUUCCUCUUCGCUUCGUUUCUGUUUAGGGUUUCUUUUCUCUGUUUUUUACCCAUUAUUUUUGUUUCCUCUGCUCUCUCUGUCCGCCUUUCUCUAUCUUAUUCUCCAUGGCUGCAACGGCUCUCAGGGAGCAGCUCAAUGGAUUGGUGAACUCCAUGUUUGCGGAGGGAUUGUUGGAUCAGCAGUUUCAGCAGCUUCAGAUGCUACAAGAUGGGAGCACCCCUGGCUUCGUGGCAGAGGUGGUGACCUUGUUCUGCGAGGAUUCAGAGAGGAUACUUACAGAGCUGACCAAAUUAAUGGAUCAAGCUGUUGUUGAUUACUCAAAGGUGGAUGCUUACGUUCACCAACUCAAAGGAAGCAGCUCUAGCGUGGGUGCUCAGAACGUGAAACUGGCCUGCAUUCAGUUCCGACAAUUCUGUGAGGAGAAUAACAAGGAAGGGUGUGUGAGGGCUCUGAAUGUGGUCAAGCAUGAAUAUUGUCAUCUGCGAAGCAAAUUUGAGACCAUGUUGCAGCUGGAGAGCAGAAUUCAAGCUUAUGAAAAUAAACAGCAAAAUUAGAAUUUCUGGUGAUAUCAUCUUAGUAGCUUCUUGUUUCUUUAAGUUAUUGAACAUCUGCAGUAUCCUGAAAUAACUGUACGACAAAUACAUGGUGAGAUCGUGUAAGAAGUUCUGUUAUGUAAAUUAAAUCAAAAAUUCUGCAGGGUAGUUGAUAAUUAAACUGUCAUGGCCUCUUACCAUUUCCAAAUUUGGUGCUGUAAAGUAAUUUAAUCUUUCAAAAUGGGCGAUAAUGCUUGAUCAGCAUUUGAAGCCUGUGUCAGUGUUACAGUUUUUGGAUCAACAUUCAGCAGGAAGCUUAUUAGUUAUAUUGUUGCCAUGUAGCAUUCUGAA